AUGGAAAAUCAACCUUUGUAUUCUAAAGAUGAUAAACCACCGCCUUAUUCGGCAGCUACAGCAUCUCCAGUCGGUUCUUCUUCAUGGCAACCACCACCUGGUUAUUAUCCAAGUGACGGAACAACUUAUCAAAAUUCAUCGAUUCCAUCGUAUGGAGCUACAACAACUGUUAUUGUACCAGAAAUAAUUCUUGUUGGAGCUUGCCCAGCUUGCCGUGUUGGGAUUUUAGAAGAUGAUUAUACAUGCUUAGGAUUAUUCUGUGCAAUUUUCUUCUUUCCAAUUGGGAUUCUUUGCUGUCUACUUUUAAAAAAUAAAAAAUGCUCAAAUUGCGGAGCGUAUUUUGGAUAA